AUGGAGAAGGAGGCUGCGAGGAAGAGGACGAUGCCCCGGGAGCCCCAGGCAGGCACUGAGCUGCAGAUGGAGAGCAGGGGGAACAAAUCCCUGUGGCAGAACCGCGUGGAAGAGGCCGCUUUCAGCAGCUCCUCGGUGCAGGAAUCCAGCGGGGAGGAAAAACUGAAGAGAUCCACGAGGAGUGGCUGCAAACCCAGCCCAGGGAGCUGCGAGGAGGAAAGACCCCCCGUCUCAGAUUCGGAGUGGAUCGAGAGGCCCCUGUGUCCAUCAGGAGCGGCCUCGUCUCGAUGCAGAGGCGCCCUGAAUGUUCUCAAGGGCUCUGGUGCGCCUCAGGGUGGGGAGAAGCCUCACAAGUGCUUGGAAUGUGGGAAGGGCUUCAGCCGGAGCUCCAGCCUGAGGGAACACCAGAGGAUCCACACUGGGGAGAGGCCCUAUGAGUGUGGGGAAUGUGGGAAGAGCUUCUGCCGGAGCUCCAGCCUUACCUGGCACCAGAGGAUCCACACUGGGGACAGGCCCUAUGAGUGCAGGGAGUGUGGGAAGGGCUUCACCAACAGCUCUGGUCUGAUCCAGCACCAGGUGGUCCACACCAGGGAAAGGCCCUAUGAGUGCUUGGAUUGUUGGAAGAGCUUUGGACAGAGCUCCAGCCUAAGGGCACACCAGCGCACCCACACUGGGGAGAGGCCCUACGAGUGUUCUGAGUGUGGGAAGGGGUUUCAGAGGAGCUCCAGUCUCCUCGUACAUGAGCGCAUUCACACGGAUGAGAGGCCCUUCCGCUGCCCCGACUGCGGGAAGGGCUUCAAACACAACUCCACCCUCAUCACCCACCGGCGCAUCCACACCGGGGAGAGGCCCUACGAGUGUCCUGAGUGUGGGAAGAGCUUCUCCUGCUUCAUCCAGAGGCCCAACCUGGUGGUCCAUGAGCAGCUGCACACUGGGGAGAAGCCCUACAAGUGCUUGGAAUGUGGGAAGAGCUUCAGCCACACUUCCCACCUCUUCAUCCACCACCAGAUACACACAGGGGGAUGGCCCUACAAGUGCUUGGAAUGUGGGAAGAGCUUCAGCCACAGCUCCAGCCUGAUCUGCCACUAUAGGAUCCACACUGGGGAACGGCCCUACAAGUGCUCGGAAUGUGGGAAGAGCUUCAGCCACAGCUCCAGCCUGACCUGCCACCAGAGGAUCCACACUGGGGAACGGCCCUACAAGUGCUUGCAGUGUGGGAAGAGCUUCUGCCAGAGCUCCAGCCUCACCUGCCACCAGGAGAUGCACGCCAGGGGAGGGCCCUUUGAGUGUCCUGAGUGUGGGAAGAUGUUUCAGUGGAUCUCCUAUCUCAUUGUACAUCAGCAAACACACACAGGGGAGAGGCCCUUCCGCUGCACAGACUGCGGGAAGAGCUUCAAGUGGAGCUCCCAACUCACCAGCCACCAGCGCAUCCACACCAGGGAGAGGCUAGAGUGUCCCGAGUGUGGGAAGAGCUUCUCCUGGAGCUCGUCCUUGAGGAAACACCAGCAGAGGCACCAGUAAGGGAAUCCCUGCGAGUGCCCCGAGUGUGGGAAGAGCUUCGGGCACUGCUCCAACUCCAUCUUAAAACUCGAGGUGCUGCUGACUGAAAAGCUCUUCCAGAACCCUGUACUUCAGACACUUAGGAAUCCUCUUCUCUUAUUAAAUGCCGUAAAAUAU